CGUCCACUUUCCUUCUUCUCUGAGUCUGUGACCAACAGGGUGCUCUCUACCAACGCUGCAAAUUUCUCAGUCCCCGAUAGACUGAAAACCAUGAGGAAAUCGGUGAAUCGUCAGUCGACGCCGGAUGUUGAGGAAAAUCAAGAAGACAAGGAGCCCAGUUUUCAAGAGCUCAUCAACAUCGAGUUGAUUGAGAGCGGUGAAAAGGAGCGGUUAAUGGAGCUACUGAGGGAGAGGCUAAUUGAGUGUGGGUGGAAGGAUGAAAUGAAAGCUCUUUGCAGGUCAUUCAUAAAGAAAAAAGGAAGGAACAAUGUUACUGUGGAUGACCUUGUACAUGUAAUCACCCCAAAGGGCAGAGCCUCCAUUCCUGAUUCCGUAAAGGCAGAGCUUUUGCAAAGGAUUCGUACGUUCCUGAUGUCGGCAGCUCUUUAAAGUACCAUUCAUGGUCUUGUAAUUGUGAAAUUUUAAGAACAUGAUGAAGCUUUUCUGAAUCAAACUCAUUGGGAAAUCAGUUCAGAAUUGGAGAACUGCCAGAAUAUGUUCCAUUGCUUGGAGGUUGGAGGCAACUGUUAUUUCUGGGAAGUAAAGCUUCAGGCUUAAGAAUUGUAUCAUUGGCAUCAUAGAAAGCAACCUAAUAUACAUUCCCUAUAGGCUUUCAUCGUGGUUUGUAAUAAUAUACAUUCUAGUAAUAUACUGAUCCACUGAUGUGUUUUUCUUCCUCUCUUGGAUUUUAGCACAACAACCCUUGAUUUUCUGAUUUAUCUAAAAUUGGUCCUUUCUGUUUA